AUGCUUACUCUCGACCUCGACGCGUCCGGUGCGGACGCGCAUGCGCGUAGACAACUCGCGAAUCUCUCCUUGGCGGUAGCCAAGUGCAAGAGGAUAGUGGUCGUCACUGGUGCUGGCAUCUCGUGUUCAUGUGGCAUCCCCGAUUUUCGGUCGUCCGACGGCCUAUAUGCACUUGUUAAGCAGCAAUACCCCGACGCGGUGCUGAAAGGACGCGAUCUUUUCGACGCUUCCCUGUUCCGCGACCCGACAUCUACUGCAGUCUUCUAUACAUUCAUCUCUCAACUCAAGAAGUCCAUUGAUGCUGCGAAACCGUCUCCCACUCAUCGCUUUAUCAAGACAUUGGACUCCAAGCGAAAGCUUCUUCGCUCAUACACGCAGAACAUCGACGGUCUCGAGGAACGGGUAGGGAUCGUUAGUACCUCCAGCGAGGGGGUGAAGACGCACGGCAAAGGGAAGUCAAAGAUCAGGACGAAGGACGUUCGCAACGUCCAGCUGCACGGCGACAUUCAUCGCGUCCGCUGCACCUUCUGCUCAGCCGAUUAUCCCUGCACCCCUGAGCACCUCGAAACGUUCCUCGCGGGCACACCCCCAGACUGUCCAGAUUGUGCAGCACGAUCCACCGAGCGCGUCGCUCGGUCUGCUCGCGCACUCAAGGUGGGCAAGCUGCGUCCGGCCAUCGUCCUUUACGACGAGCCGCACCCCCUUGGCGACGACAUUGGGAGUAUCCAAACGGCCGACAUCGCGCGAAAGCCCGACAUGCUCAUCAUCAUGGGCACGUCGCUCAAGGUGCACGGGUUCAAGAAGCUCGUGAAGGACUUUGCGCGCACUGUGCACGAGUCCGCGCCGUCGCCUUCUGCCUCUGCAGGCUCGCCCCUGAAGAAGAACGCGAAGAGUUUCGCGGGCAAGGUCGUCUUCGUCAACAAGACCGCUCCCGGGAGUGAGUGGGAUAGCCUCAUCGACUACCACGUCUCUGGGGAGACAGACCGUUGGGUGGAGAAGGUCAUCGAGGACUGGAAGAAGGCGCGGCCCGCCGACUGGGAGGUGCAGAAGACACUCGUGGCUACGGGGGACGCCACCACUGGUGGUACCUUCCACGUCGCGAAGGAAAUCACGAAUACCAUGGGCACCAAGGCGGCGAAAGGCGCGAAGCGGAAGCCUGCCCGACGACGCGAGAACGCGCCAUUGCCCGAGGACGAAAUAUUCGAUAUCACACUCCCUUUGCCCGAGGCACCGCCCUCACCCUCGAAACGCCCGCAAAGCCGGUGCCACUACCACGACGUCGAGUCAAGUCCAUCGAAGAAGUCACGCGAUGGGAGACGUCCUGUUCGGGAGCCGGUACACUUCGAGGAACGUGGGCUGCUGUUCGGCAACGCCACAAACUCGAAGGCUCAGAAGGCACCGGAGGACGACUUCGACCUUGGGGAGAACGUCCAGAAGCCGAAGGCCGCGAAGAAGGUCGUGACGCACAAAAUGCACACUUCGCAAGUUGAAGUGGUCCUAGAGUCCAGGCGGCCAACGAAGAGGGUUGCUCUCGCAUGA